AUGCAUGAAAAUAUACUUGGGCAGAAAUUAACCUUUUUAAGCGAAUUUGUUAAUUUAGAGGAAGUGUAUGCAGGAGGCAAUUUUUUCUAUGGCUCCUUAGAGCCGCUAAAAAACUUAAGCAAAUUAAAAUGUCUAGAUAUUAUUGAUAACAAUAUUACCUCCGGACUAGAGUAUUUGCCUAGCAGUAUUGAUGAAUUUUAUUGUUAUAUCUAUUCAAAUCCUCAAUCUGAGAUGAAGAAGUUAGUUAAUCAAUUAGAACCCUAUGCUAUUGACAUCAAGAAAGGUAAAUAUGACUUAGAAAAAUUAAGGAGAACCAAGUCUAAUUCAAUCUCGCUGCAGUUAGCAAGUGCUCAAGAAUGGUUGGAUAAGAAUUAUCCUAAAGAAAAGAGAAGCGAGGUAUAUGAAAUAUAUAUUAACGAACAAUUAGAAGGUAAUUUAGAUAUGACAGAUUUUACUUACUGGGAUGAUAGUUUUGUUAUUAAACUAGUCAAUGCUCAAGGACAUCUUAAUAAAGAAUAUCCGGAUCCGAAAAGAAAAGAAAAAGAGACAAAAAUAACUAUUAACAAUAAACUAGAGGGAGAUUUAGACCUUUCAGGUUUUGUUAACUUAGAAAGUUUAAAUCUUGUAUAUAAUCGCCUCAAUCUUAAUCCUUUGCUGGACAAUUGUAAUUCUGAGAAGUUAAGCAUAUUGGAACUAUCCUAUAAUAAUUUCCCUGUUAGUGAUUUAACUCCUUUUAGCAAGUUUGUUAAUUUAAAAACCUUGCACCUUUCUAACAAUCCUUUUACUG